ACUGCUUCUCCCUCUUUCCCAUCUGCGGACACUUCUUCACCGGCUAUUCGGCCUCCUCAGGCACGACUACGGCCUGGGCCAUUUCUCCCAAAGCGACAAGAGGCCCCUCCACUUCCGCAGAUCCAGGCACAGCAGCUGUUGCGGGUAGGGAAGCUCCACCUUCUCUCCCUGGCCCCCGCCUCGAUCGAUGUUUUCGGCUUGCCGCACGACGGCCUGGCUCCCUCGACCGAGGUUUGAUGAGCCCGGACUGGCGCCGCGGCUGCCGAGCUGUCGCUUUGGGGUCAGAACGGGUGGAUGCGCGUUUAGCCGCCCGGGCGGGUGGGUUGGCGGCUCCAUCUUUGCUCGCACCGAAAGCAGGCUUCGGUGAUCCCAGUUAACGGAGGCGGCGGCGGCUCUUGGAGGACGACGACGACGACGCUCCGCUGAACAUUCGCCAUGAGCACCGAAGACGAGAUCAUUCGCAUUGCGAAGAAGAUGGACAAGAUGGUGCAGAAGAAGAACGCGGCUGGGGCUCUUGAUUUACUCAAGGAACUCAAGAAUAUGCCCAUGACUCUGGAGUUGCUGCAGUCUACAAGAAUUGGGAUGUCAGUGAAUGCAAUACGGAAGCAAAGCACAGACGAAGAUGUUACAUCUUUAGCAAAGUCUCUCAUUAAAUCAUGGAAGAAAUUAUUAGAUGGACCAUCAAAUGAUAAAGACUCUGAGGAAAAGAAAAAAGAAACAGCUUCUUCAUCACAAAAUAGUCCUGAAGCAAGGGAGGAAAGCAGUUCCAGUAGCAACUCAAACAAUAGAAAAGAAGAAGUUAGUGCUCCAUCAGAAACAUUGAUCUCUUCUUUUCCUCGAGCUCCAAGCACAUCUGAUUCUGUACGUAUGAAAUGUAGAGAAAUGUUGGCAGCAGCUCUCAGAACAGGAGAUGAUUACAUUGCUAUUGGUGCCGAUGAAGAAGAGCUGGGAUCUCAGAUUGAAGAGGCUAUAUUUCAGGAGCUAAAAAACACUGACAUGAAAUACAAAAACAGAGUGCGCAGCAGAAUAGCAAAUCUUAAAGACACAAAGAAUCCUAAUCUGAGAAAAAAUGUAUUAUGUGGGAAUAUUCCUCCAGAUAGUUUUGCUAAAAUGACAGCAGAGGAGAUGGCAAGUGAUGAACUGAAAGAAAUGAGGAAAAAUCUUACCAAAGAAGCUAUAAGGGAACAUCAAAUGGCUAAAACGGGAGGAACCCAGACUGAUCUAUUUACAUGUGGCAAAUGCAAGAAGAAGAAUUGUACUUACACACAGGUUCAAACUCGAAGUGCUGAUGAACCUAUGACAACAUUUGUUGUGUGUAAUGAAUGUGGGAACAGAUGGAAGUUCUGCUAGAAGAAGACAUUGUUAAAUCUGGACCAGUAUGAAAGAGGAUUUUAUAAUUAGCUUUAAGAACUAGGUCAAGCAUCUAGCUUCCUGCAAAAAUGUUUUCUUUUUCUCCUUGCCCUUUUAAACAGUCAUCUCUGAAGUUAGAUUUUGUUUUUGACAUGCACAUCACUGUAGUUAAAUCAGUAGAGCCAGGAUGCUCAGUUGUAUGGUGUAAUUUCAUUUCCCCCCCACUCCAUUUUUAUAAGGAAGUCUACAUUAAACUUUUAUCAAUGACAUUUGGUAACUGCUUUUUUUUCUUUAUGAACAAAGAGUUGUAUAUCUCGUAUUUGGCAUAUCUGACUGAAACAUUUUCUUGUACAAUGAAGUUCACAGAAUACUCCUUUUUAACCAUUUUGGUGUGCAUUGGCCAAUGGUUUUCCUUUGUUCUUAAUAAAAUACUUUAAAUGUGGAUAGCCAACUUGUAUAAACCAUUUCUGACUGGCUUUGGCUGGCUUUGGCAGAUCUAUGCUUUGUAAGAUGCACAACUUCCUAUUACAUUAUCAAACUUGUUUUUCAAAACAUGCUUUGAUCUUUCCAACUUAUUGUAUAGUUUAUGUAUAAUUAUCCUGUCCUUCUAGAAAAAAUGUCCUAAAAGAUUGUUUGCCUUACUCUUUCUACUUUCCUUGCUUCCUUUCUCUUCUUUACACCAUAAUUCAUUGUGGAUAGUGUAAAUGGAAACAAUGGUAUGGUAGCUGAAGAUUUGAUGCUUUACCAAUUUAUAUAGAUAUCAGGCCGUAUGAAUUCUUUAAUGACCAGCACUUUUUUCAUGUAGAAUCAUUGAUUUCUAAACACGAGAGGUCAGAAAUAAAAUUAUGUUGGUUUUUUA